AUGGCUAACAGCAAUGUCAGUAGGAUAACUGAAUUCAUCCUCCUGGGGCUGACAGAUAACCCUGAGCUGAACGCAGUCCUAUUUGUGCUGUUUUUCUUGAUCUAUCUCAUGACUCUGCUGGGUGACAUUUGGAUUAUCACGAGCAUCCUGGCUAGUGCGCAGCUCUAUUCUCCCAAGUAUGUUUUCCUUAGCCAGUCGGCUUUCUUGGAUUUCUGCUAUUCCUCAGUCUUUAUUCCUAAGCUGUUGGUGAACUACAUAACAAGACUGAAAGUCAUCUCCUACAUCGGGUGCCUCCUUCAGUAUUCCUUUGUCAGCAUGUUCCUGACCACGGAAUGUUUCCUGCUGGCUGCCAUGGCAUAUGAUCGGUACCUUGCCAUUUGCUGCCCACUUCACUACAAAGGUCUCAUGACCCCCACGUUCUGCAUCCACCUGGUCAAUGUUUCCUACCUACUAGGUUGUGCCAACUCACUCACCCACCUGACUGGCUUGCUCAGUCUGUCUUUCUGUGGUCCCAAUGUCAUUAACCAUUACUUCUGUGAUAUCCCAUUGCUUUUUCGACUUGCCUGUUCUGAUACCCAAUACAAUGAGUUUUUAUUUACUGCCCUCUCUGGAACCACAUCAGUGGCUACCUUUCUGAUGGCCAUUAGUUCCUAUCUGGGCAUCCUUCAAACUGUCCUGAAGAUACAGUCUUUGAGGGGCAGAUACAAAGCCUUCACCACAUGUGCCUCCCACCUAACUGUAGUGACUCUGUUCUAUGGAACAGUUAUAUUUACUUAUCUGGGAACCAGCUCUAGCUACCUACAGGAUAGAGCCAAAAUCUUAUCCAUGUUCUAUACCUUUUUGCUGCCAAUACUAAAUCUUCCGAUAUACAGUGUAAGAAACACAGAGGCCAAAGAAGCAGUGAAAAGAAUUAUUAUGAGAAAAAUAUUUGCUGAGUGA